AUGCCACCCAAACACAUUGCUAUUGUCACCAGCAGUACGCGCACCCCACGUCUCAACCCAACCAUCACCCAAUAUGUCUAUGACGUCUUAACCAACGAUCCAACCCUCCCAACCCGUAAACCCUCCCCAACUUCCGCCGAUACCAUCGACACCGACCCACGCCACAUCACAUUCACAAUACUCGACCUCGCCAAACAAUCCCUCCCCCUUUACGACGAAUCCGUCAUCCCUGCCAGUCUCCCCGCGGACAACCCAACACCCCACUACACAAAACCACACACGCGCGCCUGGUCCGCCGUCGUCCGUGAAUAUGACGCAUUCAUCUUCGUUACGCCGCAGUAUAACUGGAGUAUCCCUGCAAGUCUGAAGAAUGCGCUCGACUAUCUGUUUUACGAGUGGAAGGGGAAGCCGGCGGGGAUUGUAUCGUAUGGUUCAAGGGGUGGUGGGAAGGCGGCAGAUCAAUUACGGGGAGUGUUGACGGGUUUGAGGAUGAGGGUUGUUGGAACGGCGCCUGGUUUGGCUGUGAGAUUUACGGGUUUGCCUGUAGGUGCGGCGUCGGAGGAGGAAGUUGAGGUUGAGUUGGAUAAGAGGGAUGUGGAAGGGUGGAGAGAGUCUGGAGUGGAGGGGAUGAUGAGGAAUUUGGGGAUGGAGUUGGUUUGCGAAUUGGAUAAGGAGUAG